AUUUUCUCUAUGUUCAUUUCCACCUGUCACCAAGUCGCACUGCAACAUCAUAACAGAAUAAAUACCUUUUUUUUUCUUUUCUUUUUUAAUUAUCGUUCUCCAAAUCACAAAACUGAUUAAGAAACUACGUUCUCUAAAACAGGGACUGAAAAUGAAGCUACUAGAUUGGAUGCAGCACAAGUUUCACCAAACCAGCAAUGAGCACCUAAUAACAGAAUUUGCUCCAAGAAACUCAUGUGCAUCUCUUACGGAUUUACAAUACUAUCCUAAAUCACAGUACUGUUAUCCCAAGGCUCAAAGCAAUAAACAAAGAGAGAAGCAUUUUCGUAAAUCAUUUGCAUGCAUAGAGAGUGCUAGAUCAGAUAAAGAUCAGAAUGAACAGGAACCAUCUGAUGAAGUACUCUUCCAUGGAUUCCUGGCAAUUGGGACUCUUGCUAUUACUGAACCAGAAACGCCAACAUUCGCCACCUCUGUUGAGAAUAUUACAUGGAAAGAAACUGAAGCAACUGAGAAUGAACUGAAUGUUAUCAAUGGUGAGUUAGAAAAGGUGCUAAGAAGUGAAGGAAAGGAAGAAGGAGGCGAAAAGAAGGAAGAUGGAGCAGUUGUUUGUCCACUACAGACGUAUCUGUUUGGUUCUGUGGUUGGAUUGCCUGAAACAACUACGAGAAAGAAAGAACAUAGAGCAUCACUUGGAGAGCUCUUUCAGAGAACUAAAAUGGAGGAAAAAGAAACUGUUGGAACUAAAAACAAUGAUGGAGAAAAGAGAAAGGAGAAAUCUGCUGUCCAUUUGAUGAAAAAGAUACUAAAAGGAAGAACCCUGUAUCCUGGUUCAGCUGAUAAAAAACCAAGCAAGCUCCAACGUAUGUUCCAUAGGAAAGUUCACCCUGAAAAUGGUGCACCUAAAUCUGACGAUCUCUCAUUAUUUCCUCUGGUGGAUACUUCUAAAAAAGGUGAAAAUUUUUGUACCAGUGAUUCAGAUGGGAACAGGGAAUGCUGGAUCAAAUCAGACACAGAGUACCUGGUGCUUGAAGUAAAAGGGAAAAAAGAUGGCAAGUGAUGUAGCACUAUGUUGAAUUGGGGCUGGAAGAAGUAUGUUAUAUAUGCAACGUCUACAUUAAUUGCAUGAAUUCCUAUAAUAAUUUUCGAGUGUUAUGUCGGUUGAAGAGAAUAAAAGGGCACCUUCACCUUGUGAUUGGAUGCAUGAGCGUGCCUAAAACUUAAUCUUUGUAUCCCUUCAGACAUUUGUGUAUUAGUGAUCAUAUACCUGCAUUUUGGCAAUAUUUAUUCAGUUUGAAUGAAA